AUGAGUUUGAUUUUUAUGCGCUCUUUGCCGCGCGGCACCUUCGGAAGGCCGGCGAUCACGAUUGUCCUCUUGCUGAUGGCAGCCGUAUUGCUUUCGGCCGGACCCGCGCGCGCCCAGCUCUACGAAACGCCCGCCCGGCACGCCAUGCUCCUUGAUGUGGGCACCGGCACCAUCCUGUUCUCCAAGGACACCGAUACGCCCAUCCCGCCCGCCUCGCUUGCCAAGCUGAUGACGAUGGAAGUGGUCUUCCACGCCCUCAAAUCCGACCGGCUGACGCUGGAAGACCGGUUUCUGGUCAGCGAGAACGCCUGGCGCACCGGCGGGGCGGUGUCCGGCACAUCGACCAUGUUCGCCGAACUCAAUUCGGAGAUCGCGCUCGAGGAUCUGAUCCGCGGCGUCAUCGUCCAGUCGGCCAACGAUGGCUGCAUCAUCAUCGCCGAGGGCAUUGCCGGUUCGGAAGAGGCGUUCGCCCAACUGAUGAACGACCGGGCCCGGGCGAUCGGCAUGACCGGCUCGAAUUUCGUCAACUCGACCGGUCUGCCGGCCGACGGACAGACCGUGACGAUCCGGGAUCUGGUCACGCUGACACAGCACAUGCAGCGCACCUAUCCCGAGUUCUACCGCUACUACAGCGAGACCGAGUUCACCUGGAACGGCAUCCGCCAGCGCAACCGCAACCCCUUGCUGCGGAUGGACAUCGGCGCCGACGGGAUGAAGACCGGCUUCACCGAGGCAUCGGGCUACGCGAUCGUCGGUUCGGUCGCGCGCUCGGGACGACGCAUGAUCGUUGCGAUGAGCGGGCUGGACUCCGAGCGCCAGCGCGCCGAGGAAGCGCGCAAGAUGCUCGACUGGGGCAUAAGGGCGUUCGAGCCGCACAGCCUGUUCGAUGCUGGCGAGGAGAUCGGAAAUGUCCGGCUUUAUGGCGGCGAGGCGGCGACAGCACCGGUCAGGCUCGCCGAACCUCUGACCAUAUUGAUGCCGCUGACGGGGCGGGACACGAUGCGCGCGCAGAUCGUCUUCGACGGCCCGGUGCCGGCGCCGGUCGAAGCGGGCGAUCCGAUCGCCAGGCUGCACAUCUAUUUCGGUGACGAACUGGCCCAUGAGGCCGAACUCGAAGCGGCGCAGGCCGCCCGCGCGCACGGCCAUGACGGCCUUUUCAUCACAUUUGAAGGCGGUGAGGGGGUCGGCAAGUCCACCCAGAUCCGUCUGCUCGCCGACCGCCUUGCAGAGCGCGGCCAUGCCGUGCGGGUCUCGCGCGAGCCCGGCGGUACACCGGGCGCCGAGGCGGUGCGGCAUGUGCUUCUGGACGAGGCGGCGCUUGAAGGCUUCGGCCCGGCGCUCGAGGCGCUGCUGUUUGCCGCCGCGCGCAGCGACCAUGUGGAGCAGGUGAUCCGGCCGGCGCUUGCACGCGGGGAAACGGUGCUUGUCGAUCGUUUCAUGGACUCGACCCGAGUCUAUCAGGGUGUCAGCGGCGAUCUCGAUCCGGGCUUCGUCGCCGCCCUCGAGCGCGUGGCGAUCCACGGUACGGUGCCGGACCUGACCAUCAUUCUCGACCUCGACCCGGAAGCCGGGCUGGCGCGCGCCGAUGCGCGGCGUGCGGAGAACACUGCGCAGGACCGGUUCGAAAAGGAAACGGUCGCGGUACACGAGGCACGCCGCAAGGCGUUUCGCGCCAUCGCCGAGGCAGAACCGGACCGGUGCAAUCUGGGCGCAUGUGGCGCCGCUCGUCGCCGCCAACAGCGGUGGGGCAAGCGUUUCAUGACCGAUCAACAGACGCCGGAGUAUCACGACACGCUGGAAGGGAUCGCGCCGCCCAGCGCGUCGACACGCCUUGUGGGUCAUGAAACGGCCGUGGCGCAGAUGCUGUCCAUCGUGCGCUCGGGGCACCAUGCCAUCCUCUUGGACGGCGAACAGGGGAUCGGCAAGGCGACGGCGGCAUUUCAUCUGGCGAACGCGCUUCUGGAUGGCGCUUCGCUCAAGGACGAGCGUCUGCCGGCGCCAAACCCGUCGUCGCCGGGCGUCCGGCAGGUGGCGCAGGGCGCCCAUCCCAAUCUCAUUCAUUUGACCCGGCCGCGCGCUGCGACCGGCACCGGCUUCAAGACCGCCAUCACCAUCGACGAGGUGCGGCGCGUCCAGCAUUUCCUGUCGAUGACGGCGAGCGUCGACCGGGCGCGCAUCGUCAUCGUCGAUCCGGUCGGCGACAUGCCGCGCGGGGCGGCCAAUGCCCUUCUCAAAACACUUGAGGAACCACCGUUUAACACUUUGUUUUUGCUUGUAUCACACGGCAGCGGCGGAUUGCUUGCCACCAUUCGCUCGCGCUGCCAGAUCGUGCGGUUUGCGCCCUUGCCGGACAGCCAGGUCGAAGAGGUGAUCACGCUCGCCGGGCAGGGGGCCGUCCCGGAAUCGGAUACCGGCCGGCUGGCGGCUUUGUCGGGCGGUCGUCCGCGCCUGGCACUGACUUUGGCGCUUUUCGGCGGAGCAGAACUGCGCGACAGCCUCGAAAAACUGCUGGCCGCGCCGCGCUUCGACACGAUGCUGGCGCACAGGCUGGCCGAAGUGGCCGGCGCCAAAGGCAACGACACCCACAACACGCUGCUGCGCGAAAUGGCUGUCGACAUCGUCCGCAGCCGCGCGCGCAGCGCCGCGCUGUCGGGCGAUCUGCGCGGCGCCGACCGGCUCGCUGCCUUCGAACGCGAACUGGCCCAGCGCUUCGCCGAGGCCGAUGCGUUCGGCCUCGACCGCAAGCAGGAACUGCUGGUCGCCAGCGCGCGCAUGCACGACGUGCUGGGCGGCGCCGGACGCUGA